AUGGGUCUCCUGGUGAUUGAAGGUGAGGAGCUGCUGGCAGAGCCGGACCUCAGCGCUGGUGCUGCUGGUGACACAUCCACAGGUGCUCUGUGUCCCCAGCCAAGCUUUGAAGCUGAGUUCUCUGAGAUCCUCCUCUGCAAGAACGAGCUCCACGAGACCCUGAACAACCUGUCCCGCUGGAUGAAGGACGAGCAGGUGGACAAGAACCUGGUGACCCGGCUGGACUCUGCCUUCAUCCGCAAGGACCCGUACGGGGUGGUGCUCAUCAUCGCGCCCUGGAACUACCCCAUCCACCUCCUCCUGGUGCCCCUCAUCGGGGCCAUCGCUGCAGGGAACUGUGUCAUCAUCAAACCUUCAGAGAUAACCAAGAACACCGAGAGACUCGUGGCUGAAGAGCUGCCCAACUACCUGGACAAGGACUGCUUUGCUGUGGUAACCGCCGGCGUGGAGGAGACCACCAGACUGCUGGAGAACAAGUUUGACUACAUCUUCUUCACUGGCAGCCCUGCUGUGGGGAGGAUCAUAAUGACAGCUGCUGCCAAGCACCUGACACCCGUGACACUGGAGCUGGGGGGCAAGAACCCCUGUUAUGUCUCUGACACCUGUGACGUGCAGAACGUGGCUCGCAGCGGGCGGGUGGCCAUCGGGGGACAGACGGACGAGAAGGAGCGUUACAUCGCUCCCACGGUGCUGGUGGACUUGCAGCCCUCAGAUCCUAUCAUGCAGGAAGAGAUCUUUGGCCCCAUCUUGCCCAUUGUCAUUGUGGCCAACGUGGAAGAAGCCAUUGACUUCAUCAACAGCCGAGAGCGGCCGCUGGCCGUGUACGCCUUCUCCUCUGAGGACAAG